UCUCCCGCGUUUCCCGGUAAAAUCUCCGAACCGGAGCAGACGAACUGAACCACAUGAAAUGUCGAAAACACCACCUCCACUCCAACUUUCCCUUCUCCUCUUCGUCCUCAUCUCCCUACCCUUGAUCGUAAUUUCACAAUCCACAGACCAGUCAAUCCUCCUCAAGCUCAAGGCACAGUUGGGCAAUCCACCGUCCAUCCAAUCCUGGAACCCCUCAUCCUCACCGUGUGACUGGCCGGAGGUCAACUGCACGAACGGCGCGGUCACGGGACUCUCCCUCCGCAAUAUGAACAUAACCAAGAGAAUCCCGGCGACCCUCUGCGAGCUCCUGAGCCUCACGGAGCUCGACCUCUCUUGGAAUUACAUUCCAGGCGGGUUCCCGAGCUUUCUCUACAACUGCUCGAAUCUCAAAGUCCUUGACCUCUCGCAGAACUACUUUGUGGGCCCAAUUCCGGCCGACAUCGACCGCAUGUCGCCUUCUCUAAAGUAUUUGGACCUCGGAGGAAACAACUUCUCCGGAGACAUUCCGGCGGCGAUCGGACGGCUGACGGAGCUGAGGACAAUCAGGCUUUAUAUGAACCUGUUCGACGGGAGUGUUCCGAGGGAGAUUGGGAACUUAUCGAAUCUCGAAAUAUUCGAAAUGCCUUAUAACGGAAAACUGGCGGCGGCCAGAAUCCCAACGGAGUUCGGGAAUUUGAAGAAUCUGAAAAACUUGUGGAUGACGCAGACGAACUUGAUCGGAGAGAUCCCGGAGAGUUUUUCGGGUCUUUCGAGCCUCAAGCACUUGAAUCUUGCGAGGAACAAUCUGGAAGGGAAGAUUCCAGCUGGGUUGUUUUUGUUGAAGAAUUUGAGCGAGUUGCUUUUAUUUUACAACAAAUUUUCAGGGGAGAUUCCAAAAGCCGUAGAGGCUUUGAGUUUGUCUCAGAUUGAUCUGGCUAUGAACAAUUUGAGCGGCUCGAUCCCACAAGAUUUUGGAAAGUUGAAGAAUUUGACUGUUUUAAACCUGUAUUCGAAUCGAUUAACCGGUGGGAUUCCGGAGAGUUUAGGCCUAAUUCCGGCGAUGAGGGAAUUUCGGGUUUUUAAGAACAUGUUAAACGGGAGCUUGCCGCCGGAAUUAGGCCUUCACUCGGAGGUCGAAGCGUUCGAGGUCUCCGAGAAUCAGCUGAGCGGCUCUCUGCCGGAACAUUUGUGCAGCAGAGGAGUUUUGCAAGGAGCUGUUGUGUUCUCUAACAAUCUUACCGGAGGGUUGCCGAAAGGGCUUGGAAAUUGUGACUCUUUGAGGACUCUGCAGGUCUACAACAACCAUUUUUCGGGUGAGGUCCCUUUCGGAGUUUGGACCGGGCUCAGUCUGUCGAGUUUGAUGCUGAGUGACAAUUCGUUUUCGGGUCAGCUUCCCGCCAGCAAGUUGGCCUGGAAUCUGUCCAGGCUGGAAAUUAGCAACAACAGAUUUUCCGGUGAGAUUCCAGUUCAAGUUUCAUCCUGGGAACGCAUGGUUGUUUUUAAGGCGAGCGGGAAUCUGUUUUCCGGGAAAAUCCCAGUUGAACUGACUAAUCUUUCUCAGCUGAACACUCUAUUGCUUGAUGGAAAUCAACUUUCCGGUGACUUGCCAUCUCAGAUCAUGUCAUGGGAAUCGCUGAAUACUUUGAAUCUCUCGGGAAACACGCUUUCGGGCUACAUUCCUGCAGCGAUUGGUUCUUUGCCGGACCUGCUUUACUUGGACUUGUCGGUGAACCAAUUCACAGGCGAAAUCCCAGCUGAGUUUGGCAGCUUGAGGCUCACUUCUCUCAACUUGUCUUCCAACAAGCUUUCCGGAAAAAUCCCAGAUGUGUUCGAUAAUCUUGCGUUUGAAAACAGUUUCUUGAACAAUCCGAAUCUAUGUGCAAGCACACGAAUUCUAAACCUUCCCAGUUGUUACACCAACAUGAGCGCAUCCCACAAGCUGUCCUCGAAAGUGGUUGCCAUGAUUUUAGUCCUUUCGAUCACUGUGUUUGUUGUUACUGUUUUACUUACCUUUUUCAUCGCCAGAGACUACCGUAGGAGAAAGCGCUGUCAGGACUUGUCAACAUGGAAGCUCACCUCAUUCCAGAGAUUGGAUCUCACACAAUUCAGCGUGCUGGCGAAUUUGACCGAUGACAAUCUCAUUGGAAGUGGGGGAUCGGGGAAAGUUUAUCAGGUUAGCACUAACUGCCCAGGUGAAUUUGUCGCGGUGAAAAGGAUUUGGAACGCCAACAAAUUGGAUGAGAGGCUUGAGAAAGAAUUCGUUGCUGAGGUUGAGAUACUAGGAACAAUACGCCAUUCGAACAUUGUUAAGUUGCUGUGCUGCAUUUCAAGUGACAAUUCGAAGCUUCUUGUGUACGAGUACAUGGCGAAUCAGAGCCUCGAUAAGUGGCUACAUGGGAAGAGGAGAAAGCUAGCAUCAGGCAUGGGCACGGCUCGUCAUGUUGUUUUGGACUGGCCGACAAGGUUGCAGAUUGCAAUAGGGGCUGCACAAGGCUUGUGCUACAUGCACCAUGACUGCUCUCCGCCGAUAAUUCAUAGAGAUGUAAAGUCCAGCAAUAUAUUGUUGGAUUCUGAAUUCAAGGCUCGGAUCGCGGAUUUUGGGUUGGCGAAGAUCUUGGCCAAGGAGGGGGAUCACCACACAAUCUCCGCUAUCGCAGGCUCCAUUGGCUACAUGGCACCAGAGUAUUCUUAUACAAUGAAAAUCAAUGAAAAGAUCGAUGUCUACAGCUUCGGGGUAGUACUCCUAGAACUAACAACCGGGAGAGAACCCUACUGCGGAGAUGAGCAUACAGGCCUAGCAGAAUGGGCGUGGCGGCUAUACAGCGAGGGAAAGACCAUAACCGGUGCCCUCGAUGAGGAGAUAACAGAACCGUGUUACCUGGAAGAGAUGGCUACCGUACUAAAACUAGGACUCAUUUGCACCAGCACACUGCCUUCAACUCGGCCUUCAAUGAAGGAAGUUAUGCACAUUCUUCGCGGCUAUGGUCCUUCGGAAGGUUUUGAAGUAAAAAAGGUGGGAAGAGACUUUGAUAUUUCUCCCCUCCUCGGCGCUGCCACCUACCUUGCUAGUUACAAACGCAGUAAGAAGGUGGACGAUAGCUUAGUUUACAGUGUGUAAUGUAUGUAAUAAUUGAGACGCAAUCCCGCCGCGAUUAUAUGCCGGCGGCAAAGUGUCGGUUGGGGUUCCUUAUAGAAUUUCUAACUAGUUUUCGACUUUCAAGAUCAGUAUAGCUUUA